AUGGCCCGCGCCGCGACCCCCGCCACUCCCAGGGCUCUUGGGACCCUCCGCGCUGCGCUGCUGCUCCUGCUCCUGGGCGCCGCCUGCCGACGAGUUGCAGGGGUGCCCCUGGCCUACGAGCUGCGCUGCCAGUGCCUGGAGACCAUUCAGGGCGUUCACUUCAAGAACAUCCAGAGCGUGACGGUCACGCCCCCGGCACCCCACUGCCCCCGCACCGAAGUCGUAGCCACUCUCAAGAACGGUCAUCAAGCCUGUCUCAACCCCGAAGCCCCCCUGGUUAAGAAAAUCGUUGAAAAGAUGCUAACAGAUAAGAGCAUCCAUCGGCACAAUAUUGCCAGUGGCCUCCAUGUCCACAUCCGUCUGUCCACAUUCAAGUUAAUACAGAAUCUAAAGCUUAGCCCUAAGACCUGGGACUUGGCUGUAACACUCCACUGGCACACAGAUGAAUUUUACCAACUAUUAGCCUUAUGA